GCGUGCGCGGCCCCGCGCGGCAACGCAGGGGCGGAGCCGCAUGACUGGCAGUGAUAUCAGCGAUGGCGGCUGCGUCGGGGUCGGUUCUGCGGCGCUGUAUUGUGUCGCCGGCUGGGAGGCAUAGCGCCUCUCUGAUCUUCCUGCAUGGCUCAGGUGAUUCUGGACAAGGAUUAAGAAUGUGGAUCAAGCAGGUUUUAAAUCAAGAUUUAACAUUCCAACACAUAAAAAUUAUUUACCCAACAGCUCCUCCCAGAUCAUAUACUCCUAUGAAAGGAGGAAUCUCCAAUGUAUGGUUUGACAGAUUUAAAAUAACCAAUGACUGCCCAGAACACCUUGAAUCAAUUGAUGUCAUGUGUCAAGCGCUUACUGAUUUGAUUGAUGAAGAAGUAAAAAGUGGCAUCAAGAAGAACAGGAUAUUAAUAGGAGGAUUCUCUAUGGGAGGAUGCAUGGCCAUGCAUUUAGCAUAUAGAAAUCAUCAAGAUGUGGCAGGAGUAUUUGCUCUUUCUAGUUUUCUGAAUAAAGCAUCUGCUGUUUACCAGGCUCUUCAGAAGAGUAAUGGUGUACUUCCUGAAUUAUUUCAGUGUCAUGGUACUGCAGAUGAGUUAGUUCUUCAUUCUUGGGCAGAAGAGACAAACUCAAUGUUAAAAUCUCUAGGAGUGACCACGAAGUUUCAUAGUUUUCCAGAUGUUUACCAUGAGCUAAGCAAAACUGAGUUAGACAUAUUGAAGUUGUGGAUUCUUACAAAGCUGCCAGGAGAAAUGGAAAAACAAAAAUGAAUGAAUCGAGUGUUUUGUCAAUAUAAGUGUAAUAUCUUUGUGAAAAGUGAUUUUUACUGCCAAAUUAUAAUGAUAAUUAAAAUAUUAAGAAAUAACCCUUUCCUGACUUAUUUAUUAUGAAAAUGCUUAUCACUGUAGACAGUAGCUAAUCUUAUUAAUGAAAAACAAUAGACAAACAUCUGUGCAUAAUUUUUCAGACACAAUUCUGUAAAUAUCUGGAAACCUUUUAAGUAUUUAAACAUUUAAAUUUUUGAAAUAAAGUAUUCUAAACUAAUAUAAUAAAGGACAAUGAAAAAACGUGAAA